GCAACUCCACUCCACAAAGUGGCGGAAAAGAGCAAUCUAGUUAGUGGGCCUGUGUACAAAACAACUGAAAGAAGAAAAAACAUUGACGUUAAUCAUUGUAGCAACAAGCGCGCGGAAGAAGGCAACGCGACUAUCAUAAUAUAUCAUCCGUUACGACCCCACCAUGGCUUCCGAUGACAUUGCCCUGCUGGCCGAGGCGCUGUCCAAGACUCAUGUAGGAUAUGGAGAGUUGAGCUACAAGGGCCAGGGACUGAAGCUGGACAACACAGAGUCUGUGAAGGAGUUGGUGCGGGAAAUAGAGGAGUACCAGGGACUCCGGGCCCUGCGGUUGGAGGGAAACACAGUGGGAGUGGAGGCAGCGCAGGCUAUCGCCAAAGCCUUGGAGUGCAAAGACCAACUUCAGAGUUGCCACUGGAGUGAUAUGUUCACGGGUCGCUUGCGCUCAGAAAUCCCAACUGCCCUGAGGUCCCUGGGCAGUGCGUUGAUGACAGCAGGGGCCAGACUGCGAGAGCUUGACCUGAGUGAUAAUGCCUUUGGGCCAGAUGGGAUAAAGGGCAUUGAGACUCUACUGAAGAGCUCUGCGUGUCACUCUCUACAGGAGCUGAGACUCAACAACUGUGGCAUGGGCAUCGGAGGGGGCAAGAUCCUGGCGGCAGCGUUGACUGAGUGUCAUGAACAGUCCAGUGCUCUCGGUGCCCCACUGAAACUGAAAGUGUUCCAAGCAGGCAGAAACCGCUUGGAGAACGAAGGAGCCACAGCCCUUGCCCUGGCAUUUCAGCUGAUGGGAAGCCUAGAGGAGGUGCACAUGCCCCAGAAUGGGAUCAACCAUGCUGGGGUGACUGCUCUGGCCACUGCCAUGCAGCACAACCCCCACCUGCGCAUCCUCAACCUCAACGACAACACCUUCACCAAGAGAGGGGCGCUGGCUAUGGCUCAGGCUCUGAGGCACCUGAGGACUGUGCAGGUGAUCAACUUUGGGGACUGCCUGGUGCGUUCUGAAGGGGCCAUCGCUCUCUCUGCUGUCCUGAGAGAGGGACUGCCCACUCUUAAGGAGCUAAAUCUGUCCUUUGGGGAGAUCACGGAAGCUGCAGCACUGGUGUUGGCUCAGGCCGUACAAGACAAACCCCAUAUGGAAAAACUGGAUCUCAAUGGUAACUGUUUGGGGGAGGAGGGGUGUGAGGCUCUGAAGGAGACUAUGGACAACAUGGACAGGGCUGACAUACUGGCAUCUCUCAGUGAUGAUGAGGGAGAGCCUGAUGAAGAAGAGGAUGAGGAGGUUGAAGAUGAGGAGAAUGGCAAAGAGAUGAAGGAGAAAGGAGUGAAGGAUGACAGAGAGAGUCCAGUGAAGCUUGAGCCAACUUGUCAUCCAGAGAUCCUCUCUUUCCUUAGCUCCCUCACCGCUGAGACACUGCUCAAACUGGGGGACAACAGGACUGGACUCAUCCAGCAACACGUAGAUGUCUCUGACCCUGAUAAGGUUGCCGAUGCCUUCCUGAGAAUCUCCUCUCUGUACAGUGAUGACCAUGAGGUCAAGAAGGCUGUCCUGGAGACUAUUGACAUCCUGUUGAAGAAGGCAUUCUCUGGUUCCUCCCUGCAAACCUACAGCUUCCUGUCCACUCUACUGGUGAUGCUGGGGCUCCUCAAGGGUGAGGGCAAGGUGAAGAAGGUGCAGGUGUUACCUGGUCACCUGUUGGUUUUGGAGCACGCUGUCCAACAGGACUACUUCCCCCAGGACCACGCCACCCUGCUGGACACCUUUGUCGCCAGGCACGGUAAAGCCCUGAAGUCCUGCAGCCAUGCCCGAGAUAGUCUCAAGUCCACACUGGAGAGAAGGAUCUCCCCAGAAUGCUGAGCCCUCCUGCAGCCCAAAUGAAUCAGUCAAAGCCACACAACCUACGCACACACUCCCACUCAGGACACACACUGCACUGAUAAAGGGACAAUCCUUGCAUGAGGACCUCGCAUAGAUACCUUACACUGGACAGAAGAAGGGGACGAAAACCAAUCUACCUACACUCAAUACAUACCUGUGCGUUUUAGAUUCAUGAAGCUCCUCCAAUGAAGACGUAUUGAAGACUAGUUAUUCAGACAGGGUUUCCUCAAUUUUAUUUUUCUAUUUGAUCUUGUUACUAUUUUUUUUUACAAAAAAGGGACAUUUUUGUUAAGCCUUUAAACUAAAGACAUUGUGGGGAGAAAGUGAUUUGAAAAACGGAAUAAAUAUUGAAGUUGAUGGGCACACAAACAAGAAUGGUGGUCAGAUUCAGUAAGAACAUGGUAUUAUGUUCUAGAUUAACCUAGCUGGCCACGUCUGUACUGCUCAGCCUUAAUAUUAUCCCACCAUAUUAUUCCCGAGUUCAACCAGGUCAGAUUCAUUACUGUGCAUCAGACGGUGAGGAGUGGACUACAGUAUGCCUGUGCAUCGCACCGUAUGGACAGGAAUAGACAUCUAUGUAUGUAUUGCUCUUGUACUGUAUGCCGUUAUAACAAUGUGGAGCUCAGGAGACUAACUUGUUGAAAGGGAACUUAUGGGGGAAAUAGAAUUUACCUUUGAUUCUCAUGUGUCUUACAACUUUAAUGUAAUGAACAUUGAUCUGUAUAACAUUGGAAUAGAUGUACAGUAUCAUCAGGACUAUAUUGAUGUUUUUCAUGUUAAUCUGAUUGUAUUGAGAUGAAGUGAGUGAUGUGAUAAAAUAUUACUUUUCCAAGA